UUUCACACUAACCUUCACACAAAGGGUGUGAAGGUUAGUGUGAAUAGUCGUGUGUCUCUUCAAACCAAAUUUCACACUGGUAUUGUGAAUGUUAAUGUGCACAUUUCUGUCUCUUUACACCAACAUUUACACUAACAUUCAGACUGUUGAUGUGAAUGUUAGUGUGAAUGGUGCUUUGUCUCUGCAUGUCUUCCAAGGUGUUAGCCUGAUGUCACCUGGAGUCAGCUGAUUGUACUGCCCCCUUGUGUUAACCCUGACCACUGAUGUUAACCCUGCAACCAGAGCCUGCAGGUGAGGAAGUGCUGUGCAUUUAUUAUCUGCUCUUUGUCCGUGCCAGCUCUAACCAACAGUAAAUAAUAAAAACGACUAAUUUAUUAUAUUUUUAUAUACAGGAAAAACGGCGCUCUCCAAAAUCUAUUUUGUAUAAUUCUGUUUUCUUUCUGUAAAUGCUCCUUCCAGGUUCAUUUAUAAAUCAAACACAUUAGACGUGUUUUCCUUGCCCUCUGAGUUCCCUUCUCUGAUGAUGUGUUCUAUUAUAGAAUUGUAUUGAUUGUGAGUGGAUGACGAUGUUACGCACACUGAUGAGGCCCGGCUCGUCCAAUCAGCAGCCACGCUGACUCCGUCAUCCGAUGCUCUGUCGUCCUCUGCUCACUGUGCCUUGUUUUCAUCAUUUCCCAGCUCAGCCGAUCUCUGAGCGCAUCUGUGGACCGUCAACACGGGGCUUUCACGGUGACCACACCGUCGUCCUAACGAUGUCCGGGCCGAGUGAUGCUGCAGCCCGGUGCGCAUGUGGACAGCGGCGCCCGGCGUCGCGCAGGUUGUGCGGCUUUUACGCAUCUUUUCCUGCGUCUUUCUGCUGAAAUCUAACGGCGUCACAUGCAGCUGAGCAGCACUUUGAUGCUCCUCAGUACCAGUCCUGAGGCUGACAGGAUUCGAACCUUCACCGCGGACUACAAUGCCUUGACCGUUUUUGUGACAUCUUUGAAUCGAAUUUCCAACGUUGCAGCUGCAUUUUAACAUCCCUUUAAAGGUGAGAAGCACAAACUCUGGUGUUGACCCCAAUGCAGGGGAGCACAGCACAGCAGUGCCCCCUGUAACCAGCUGCAGGUUUACUCCCAUGUCCUGUUUUUGAUGAUGUAGGUGUGAGCUCAACCUCAGUACACACUCACCCUGCUCACUGACAGGGGGCAGAGUUAACCUCGGUCAACAGUAGGUGAUGACCCGGCCACGUGUCCACCGAAAUAUUUCAACCAUUUUUAAAUAAAGGUAGUAGUGCAUUGAAUGACGUUUGAAGUACUGUAGUAACACUGAAUAUUUAUGAGGACGUAGAGAAAGAAAGCAGUUCACUUUUUUUUGGUGUUGCCUCUGUUUAAAUACUGUUAAAGUACAGGCAGGUACUGCCUAGAUUUAAGGCCACAUUAUGUUGUUUUGCUGUUAGCAAGCAAGUCGAUAAUUUACUCUGACCAUUCAAAAAUGGUUAGCCAUAAUUUUUGAAAAUAUUUACAGCUCUCUUCUUUCUGUUAUAUAUACUGGUCUGAUGUUGUAGUCAUGAUUUAGCUUUAACAUAGUUGUGAUGCAAAUAUCAUUUCCAGGCUGGUUUUCUUGGUCUGUCCUGUCUCUGAUUCCCUUUUCUCCCACAGACUGGACCAUGGCUGACGACGAGAGCAGACUGUCUCGGCAGAUCCAGAGCGUGGAGAGGAGCACGGUGUUCCUCCGACAGGAGCACCUCACUUUAUUGCACGGUCUCCACCUGGAGAUCCUCUCCCUGCAGAAACGAUGCUCAGAAUUGACAAGUGAGCUGGAGUUGAAGCCUCCGGGUCGAAGCCAAAUUGAUCUACAGGAGCAGGAGGAGCUCCUGGAGGAACACUGUCAGGAUUUGGAGGAUUGCCUUUCGGAGAAGGAGUGUACCUUAGGAGAGCUGCGAAAGGAGCUGACUCACAAAGGGGCCCUGGUGGGGGCCCUCCGAGCCAAUCUCAAACAGAAGGAGCGCCAUUUUCUGGAGGAGCUCAAACGCCGCAGCCACUGUUCCACCGUCCUGAACACGGAGCUGCAGAAACAAACUGAAGCAGCUGCGUACCUGUCCUUCCAGCUGCACGCCGCCAGGCAGAAACUGCACCAUCAGCGGAUGCUGCAGAGGCAGGGUCUUCUGGCCAGGGCCGGCAAUCAGGGGGCCCGGCCGGGGGCCGACCAGAACCUCGCUCCUCCUCAGAUGCCAUCAGGAGCCUCCCCUUCAUCGCCUGUGGUCAAACCCAAACGUAAGAGCACGAGAGAGAGAGCAUCGCUGAGGGUGGAACGUGCUCGUGAAUGUGUGCCAAUAGAGAGGGUGCUGGGCCCCGCGGAGCCCACGGCCAUGCCCGACCCCGCGCUCUUCCUCCACCCUCGCAGGCACAGACCUCGCUCCAGGAGCGCUGCAGCACAAAGACUACCUCCUGUGGGCCUGGAGAAGGAGGGGGAGGAGGAGGAAGGUGGCGGGGAGGCUCCAGUGGAACCACAGGACGAGGCUGCCAGACUCAUGUCUUCAGCUGCAGCGCCCCCUGCGGCUGAAACCAAGGCGGAUUAGUAUCUACUGUGACUUGAUGUGGAAGUGGGUGAUUCCUCAUGGCGGACUGUUAAAACACGUUCUUCUGCACCUUUGACUGGACUGAUGAAGAGACUCCUUUUAGCUUUUGAAUUAUAUCACACUUAAGCGUAGAAAACCUUUUGUAAAGUGGACUUUGAUAUGAAACUCAGUGUCACUUUAAAUCAGUUUGAAUCUGUUUACACUGAUGCCACUUUCUCUGUGGACUGAGGGGCCUUUGUGCAGAGAAGAAACCCUUGUAGAGUAGCAGCCAUUGUCGAGUCAACCACGAGCCCAGCAGACAACUGUGACCCUUCAAGGUCGUCCAUAAAUCACUCUGUCAGGCCAAAUGUGUGCGACGCCAGCUGAGAAUAUCUGAAGUGAUUGUCGUCUCCUGUGUGAGUCCACUGUGUUAAGUGUGUGUGUGUGUGUGUGUGUUCCAAGUCCCCUAGAAUCUUAGUUAAAACAAUUUCAAACACCUGUCAUUUAGAUCAUUUUUUUAGCAACAGUUUUUGAAUGAACCCAAGUCCUAAUAAUACGGUUCACAUACACGUGUGAAACUGAUCUGAAAUACUAGAAGUGACGCUGAUUUUUCUUCUCCUCAAAUGUUUUUAUCUUUCACCUUUUUUGAAGAAAGCAUUCAGGAAUUUUAGGUUAGUAUUUGUAAACACAAGACUCUGGUUCUGACCACUGGUUUUAGAGUGAAGCCCAAAGUGAUGCUGCCCUGUGUGGGUGAGUUGAGCCACUGAUCUGCUGGAGCUCUACGCCUUUUAUGAUGACACUUCAAUAAUUACCUGUUUUAAAUAUAUAAAUUACAAAUUUAAAAAAACAAAAACUACAGUUGCAGCCCGGGUCGGGUGAUGUGUUGAUACUGUGCUUCCUCUCAUGUCCUUUCUUAUUCUUUCUCUUAAAAGUUUAUGUCAUUCCUGUGGUAGGAAAAGGGAGGGAAUUAACAGCAGAGGGCGCCAAAAACUGCAGAUCUGUCACCAUAAAUAGUAAAUAAGUUAUUUACGGGUCAUUUUGAUAUUUACACACACAUAUAUCAACAGGUAUAAACAUGUACACAUAACAAAGUAAACAUUAUACCCAUUUAUAAUCCACAGUGUGAAAACAGUAAACAGAUACAAUGAUUUGAAAACCAAAGUGAACAUCGAACGAGUUCUUAUUUAAAUUAUACUACAGUGAUAUUCAUUCAUCAACAGGAAAAUAUAUGUUUUUUUUCCCCUUUUUGUUGUUGUCCACACGAGUCUCUGUUUACUUGUGUAGAACUUCUGUCUACUAUGACGACUGCUAUUUACUUUGAAUUAAUAUUGUAGAUGUCAUGUAUGGGAGUUUAUAAAGGUGUUCAGGUUUUAUUCAAAUGUGCACAUCUAGUUUAGUCUAAUCAUAAAAAUGUUAUAUUUUAUAUUAGUAUAAAAGUUGACCACCAGGUCCCAACAAACCAAACCACACACAUUAUUAUUGUUUAAAAGUAUUUUUCUUUUAAUUUGACAUGACUUUCUCAUGUUAAUUUACUACCUAAUAUAUACAGAGUAGCCCACGGAAAAUUGCUAUAAUGUUUUAUUGUUUGUUAUGUUUUUUUUUACUACUCUACCUUUAAUAUUUACUUCCCACUCAGAAAGUGCACACAACCCUUCAUAACAAACCGGUCACAUGACGACUGAAGGCUACUACUCUCUGUGGUCACGUUUAUGUUUCAUACUAUUGUGGGUGUGACUGUUUUGUCUGUUAUGACUGUAAACACAUCAUGUUCAGUUUAGAUCAGUUAGCCUCCCUGGACCCCGGGCUUUACUCAGGUGGUGUUUGUGGACUAAACACACACACACACACACACACACAUACACGGGUUUUGUGUGUUUUCUAUGUAGACCUAGAACUUUACGUUGACAUAAUACAUAAUAAUAAUACAUUACUUAAUACCUUAACUUAGUAACUUUUACAAAUAUAUGGCCAUUCCUAACCCUUGCCCUAACUCUAAUAUGAUACAAUUCUAACCCUAACUCCAGACUAAUGUACUCUGUUACUCAGUAACUCCUUUGUGAGUACAGUGUCUGUAAAACUAUAGUUAUUUCCCAAAAUCCCCCACAGGUGUAGCUGUACCAGAACUACACACACACACUACUACUAAUACUUUAGUUCAUGUCUGUCUGUACCUCAAUCUACAGUAAACCGUUUUCACAGACAGACUGGUAAAGACAGGAGUGUUGUCUUCUUCUUGGGUUCGAGAAUCUCGCGUAUAUAAUGACCUCCAGUGUUACAAAAUGGAAAUAGCAAUUUAAAAAAAAUGGUCAAAUGUCAAUCGAGUCGACAGAGGCUGUGGCUUUGAUGAUCAUCAGCCUGUCGUUUUAUAAAGACUCCUCCCUCCCCGUUAUAAUUACUGCCUUAUUAAAAUGAUAAGUAAGAGUUCAGGUCACAGAAGGUUUUUGGCAGAGUUUUGUCAUCUUUAAGUUCAUCAUCACCUACUGUACUGACCGUUGCGUGCAGCACUUCUGACUUUUUAAAACUGCUGGAGAGAAGAUGUUUUUUUUCCACCUAUAGAGCCAGCGGUGGGAAUUUUAGGAAGGUUUUAUUAGUAAAUGUUACACAAAGCAAUAUUUCAAUAUUACAAUAUUUAUAUAUUACAAGUAACUCAUAUCAACUGGAUUAAGUACAACUUGACGUAUUUGUGUAGACAAUUGUGUAACUUUGUACCUUGGGUUUAUUGAGCUGCACAUUUUUAUGAAUUGUCCGACAGAUCGUUUGAAUUUCAAUUGUUUUUUGGGAGUUUUUUUGACUGUUUCUGAAUCUCAAUGUAACGGUUUAUUUUAUUUGUAGAAUGAGCCAUGUCCUACAAAAAUGCAAAUGUGAAACUAAUCAAUCCAAUAGAUAGUAAGCCAUUGGUAGUGGAUGAGUUCAAUCAUCUUUCCUCACACGUCGUGACAGAGUGUGAUGGUAUCUUUGUGUUUCUCCCAGUCAGUCCUUUGCACCAACUUCUAGGUAUGAGAUCAUUCCUGUGAUUUGGUAGGAUUUAUGGUUGAUUCAUGUGUGAUAUAUGGGUUCUGAGAACACUAGCUACUGUAUGCAGUGAAGUUGCAGUUGUUUAAAACGCAGAGGCUGGAGAUUUGUGUGAUCACAAAAAUGUGAAAACGCUGGUGAGUCAAAGGAACCGGUAUGAAAAAAACAUGCAGAAAGGUGAACGCGUUGCCUUAAUGAUCAAGUCUUUGCAUUUCUAUUUCAACCUAGGAGAGCAUAUCUGUAUCAUAUGGGGGGUUUUGUUCUUUGCAUUUCAGAUCCUGACUCUUUACUCAAACACGAUUAUGUAGCUCACAGAAUCUAUAAUCUGUCUUCAAUGGUAUGUAUAAUAAUCCAUCACUUCUGCAAACAACAAGUGUUUCUUCUUUUGUCCUCUUCUACCCCCAGCUGCUGAUAUGUCAUGAAUUAAUUAAGCAUCUUGCUGAAUCAUUUGAAUGCAUCUUGUUUGUCAUGUUACCUGGGCACUAGCAAUAAUGCUGUGUAGGAGCCAGCUCUGAGGUAGUGAGGUGUGAGUCUGGCUGUUUGUCAGUUUGGUUCUUUAAAGAGCAUAAGCUACUGACUGAGUACCGCAUAUACUGUGUUUGCUUCCUUUAAUGGUCUAUUACACAUAACUGGAAUAAAACUGAAGGAUUGUCUA